CGUAGUGCGGGGAUCCCGGCCCGAGCGCGGGGGAGGGCGCCUCCCCAUCCCCUCCUCCCCAUCCCCGCCUCGGCUCGGGGUUUACUGCAGCAGCCGGAGGUGACAGCGACGCCUGAGCCGCCUCUGUUGCUCUGGGAGCCCAGGCGUCCCCCGCAGCCCGAAAGCGCCCCUGCUGAGAGUCUGGUCCCCGGGGAAGUGCGGAGGAGCUUCAGGAAACCAAAUUGUAAAAUGGGGGGGCCUGCGAGCUGCAUCGCUCCCUGCACUAGCCCAGCCGCCCAGGACUAAGAGCGGCCGCGUACGAGAACUUGGGACCGUAGAGCCUGGGGGAGGGGAGUGGUGCAGCCCGCGUCCUGGUCUGGAAUGAGUAGCUGGGAGCGUGCGGUUGCACACAAGUUUGCGUAGGAGUGUUUUCCUUUUGUCAAUAAUUAAUCACCAGGAUCGGUCUGCCAGAACUGGAGUUUUAGCAAUAGUCCAGAGGGCGGAGCCGAACACCCUACUCCGGGCGGCCCGGCGGUGCCCCGCGCAGAGGGAAGCUGGCGGCCGCCGGGGAGGAGCCGCAGCGCCAGGGCUCACCUAAGCCACCAGGAGAGACGCCGACCAGGAGAUGAAGAAACAGCAACCAAGGGAGGAGAAGUAACCUGCAAGGCCCCUUUUGUGAAGGAGCAAGACCUGCACCCUCCAGGGCAGGGUAAAGUUUCUGCAGCUUAAAGGCACCAACCAUGGACUUCAGGCGCGUGAAGGAAUACUUCUCCUGGCUCUACUAUCAAUACCAAAUCAUUAGCUGCUGCUCCGUCCUGGAGCCCUGGGAGCGAUCCAUGUUCAACACCAUCUUACUAACCAUUUUUGCUAUGGUCGUCUACACUGCCUAUGUCUUUAUCCCAAUCCACAUUCGGCUGGCUUGGGAAUUUUUUUCAAAAAUAUGCGGAUAUCACAGUGCACUGACUAAUUGAUCUUGCCAGCGUACUGUGGAAUGGCGCCAUGUAUUUGUAUGUGUUGCUCACAAGCUCACUGAUUUAGAUGAGUACUGUCUUCUUCCACUAAUCUGACCUGAAAAUCCCUCUCUUUCUCCGCACUAUCCUAUCCUGCCUGCAGUUUGAAAUACAAGCUGUGUAUGUUUCUUUUGUACCCGCUUCUUUGCACAUCAGGCCAUGGAAAAUGCAAUGACUUCACCUCACAUAUCAUAUUCACUCCACACAAAUCUAAAGCUUUAGUUUUUUUAAUCAGGACAAUUUCAUGUAACAGUUUUUUGGGGAAUAAGCUCAUAAGAGACCCACCAGAUCAUAUUUAAAAUGUGAUAGGCUGCAGUCAGAGGUAUCCUAUCUUUGUUUACGGUGUUCAACAAGAUGUGAAUGUGUGGACCCUUAAAGUCUUAUUGUCUAGUAAACUGCAAAUACCUAAAAUUCUUUUACUUUAAAUGCAAAAGAAUAAGCUGGAGGCAAUUAUUUCCUUUCAUUCACAGGGUUUUCUAAUUGUUUUAAAUGCCUCAGUAAAGUCUGACUUUAUAACAGUUUAAAAUCAACCAUGUUGAUUUUAGAUAAAGGAGUAGGUAUGAUAAUACAAAAUAAUUUUAAGUGUGAGAAACAAAAAUAUAAUCAAAGUAAAUUCAGAUGUUGUGACUUGUGAUGUUUCCUGGCCUUGCAUGAUGGGAGUAAAAGAGGAAAGGAAUUGGUUUUUUUCUUCUGUGUUUUCAUUCAGUGGAGAAAAAAAAAAAAAAUGCAUAUAUUGGGCUGCAGGAAGAAAAGCUAAUAAAUAGGCUGGAAGUAAUACUCUCCCGGCAGGAUCUCAGCAGCUCUAGUUAAAUGCUUUGAUAUAGUGGCUCCUUUGCAAAACAGAAACAAGAUUUAUUAAAGUUCCUUCAAAGUGUUUGUCAUAAAAAAAAAACUGUUAAGUUUUUAAUUAUACUGCUGAAUCAAAUGUGAAUGCCAAAGACCAAGCCUUGCAGUUUUGCUUUUCCUCCCAAUAAAUAUUAAUGUUAGUAAUUCAGGAGAGUAAACAUGUAAAUAGGUUUUGGGCAAUAUUUGCAACCUUCUUUGUGUUAUGGGAAAAAAAAUAUUCCAAGGAGAGCUGGAGAGAUGUUUGCAAUGCCAAAUUAACUUGCAUGUUUGUUAAUAAAAACAAACAAGCAUAUGUUUUGAAGAUAAGCCAGGUCUGAACAUGUAUUUGUUGAUUUUUGCAAAAUAAAAUUGAAUUUUAUAAGUAAAA